ACUUGGCCGGAAGGCCUGGCAGGGGCUUGGGUACCAGCGGAGAUGGCGGCGGCGGCAGCGGCGGCGGCGAGUCGGGGCGUCGGGGCCAAGCUGGGUCUACGGGAGAUUCGCAUCCACUUAUGCCAGCGCUCGCCUGGCAGCCAGGGCGUCAGGUCGAUCAGCUGCCUCCUGCACACUCCCCACUGGGGAUGCGCCCGCAACCAAGCAUUUGGCCAAGAGAAGAAUGUCUCCUUGAACAACUUUAGUGCUGAUCAGGUAACCAGAGCCCUAGAGAAUGUGCUAAGUGGCAAAGCCUGAAGCCUUCGCUGAGGACUGAGCAACAACUCCACAGCCUGGGCUCUGCUGGACUGAGUACAAUAUGGAAAGAUGUGUUCUGUUGUUUAUAAAGCUUGUGCUGUAA